AUGGCUGAAUAUGGGUUUCUGAAACCCAUCACAGUCACUGAAACAGCGUUCGAACGGCUGCAUCUGAUGAUGCUUAAGAAAAUCAAUUUGCGUACAAGCACCUGUUCUCAUGUUGCAGCAACUUUCAAAUCUAGGGAGGACCACAGCAAACAACUUGAAUUGGAGGAGCCACGGAAAGCUGGGCUUGCGCCAGCUGAGGUAGAUGAAGAUGGAACCCUCAUAUCCCCCAGUGCAAAAAUAUUUCAGGCUGACACGUACAGGAAGGGAGCAUGUGAGAACUGUGGAGCAAGGACACAUAAUGCAAAGUUAUGCAUGGAGAGGCCUCGAAAGACAGGAGCAAAAUGGAUAAAUAUGCAUAUUGCUCCUGAUGACAAGAUUGAAACUUUUGAACUUGAUUAUGAUGGCAAGCGAGAUCAUGGAAUGGAGGACAUAGCAAAAUACCUUUUGAAUCUUGAUGUCAAUUCUGCUUAUUAUGGUCCAAAAACCGGUUCUAUGCGACAAGAUCCCCUUCCUGAUGUUGAUCCUAAUGAGAAGUUCUAUGGAGUGAGUACCAUGGGGAGAUACCAAUAUAGAAUGAGUGGACAAGCUUUGGAGUUCAAGCACCUUAACAUUCAUGCGUGGGAAUCAUUUGAAAAGGGCCAGGAUAUUCACAUGCAAGCUGCACCUUCCCAAGCUGAAUUGCUGUACAAGAAAUUCAAGAUAAUAAAAGAGAAGUUAAAGUCACAACCAAGAAAGGCCAUAAUGGAGAAAUAUGGAAAUGCUGCAGCCCAAGAAGAGCUAUCAAAGGAGCUUCUUUUGGGACAAACGGAGAGACAAACAGAAUAUGAUCGUGCUGGCAGAAUUAUAAAUGGCCUGGAAACAUCUCUCCCAAAUAGCAAGUACGAAGAAGAUGUUUACAUUAAUAAUCACACAAGUGUAUGGGGUUCACGGUGGAAGGAUCACCAAUGGGGCUACAAAUGUUGUAAGCAAACUAUACGAAACAGCUACUGCACUGGGACAGCAGGAAUUGAGGGUGCUGAGGCAGUAGCAAAUUUAAUGAAGACAAACAUUGAACGGAAAGCAGCAUCUGAAGGCAAUCUUAUUAACAAUGUCUACUCCUUCUAUUCCCAUGCGUGUCAAAAAAUAAAUGCAGAUACUCCUGUUCCAGCAGAGGAGAAAAGUCUUGCUACUUGGGGAACUGAUGUUCCUGAUGACCUGGUCCUGGACCAGAAAAAACUUGCUGAGGCACUAAAAAAGGAGGAUGAAAGAAAGAGGGAGGAGAAAGAUAACAGGAAACGCAAGUAUAAUGUUAGAUGGAAUAAUGAGGUGAAGCCUAUUAUCUUUGGCACGUAA